AAAGUAUUGAUAAAAUUGAUUAAUUCUAUGAAUUGCGACAUGACGCAAAACGUUGAUAAUAGAAUAAUGAAUUGGUUACAAUACAUGUUUAUUGUACAUACAAGACAUAAGUAACAAGAUAAUUAAUGGACCAGUCGACGAUUAUCGCGACUCAUGAUCAAGAUGCCUCUCACUCGGGAAACGAUGCAAGAUCAGUUGUCUUAGAAUCAACAAAACUAACGAGACGCAUUUGAAUAUGGGAACUGAAAAUGUUAAAGUUAAUUCUCGUCCCUCUGAAAUCAGUAUUGCAAAAAUUGCUCAGGAUUUAAUAAAUGCAGAAGAAGACUCGGAUCAAUCGCAGGCGGAAAUAAACACACAACUGGCGGUCAAUGCUACAGGCUUCGGCAAAUUCAACUACAAAGUUACUAUUGUGAGUGGUUUGACGUGUAUGAACGCUGGAAUUGGAAUAAAUAUAUUAGGACUAAUUCUGCCAUCAGCGGCAUGCGAUUUCGAUAUGUCAACUGUCGACAAAGGUCGAUUGAAUACGGGUUUUAUAUUUGGUAUGCUAUGCGGUGCUUACAUUUGGGGUUGUCUUGCUGAUACAAUGGGUCGUCGACAUACUUUAUUAAGAUGCUUAUUUCUUCAAGCGAGCUUUGAUUGUCUUGCUUCGCUGAUACCCAAUUACUGGGGUGUAUUUGUCUGUAAAACAAUCGUUGGAUUUGCAUUAGGCGGACAAAUGGCAACUCUUUAUACUUAUGUCGGUGAAUUCCAACCAGCGAUUUACAGAAAAAAAAUAUUGUCUACAAUGGAGAUACCUGUUGUUCUGGGAAUAAUUGUCGCUUCGCUCUUUGGUUGGAUAAUAAUUCCAAUUACUAUCGACGUUGACUUCGGAGGAUUUUUCUUCCAUUCGUGGAACCUAUUUGUGAUUGUUUGCUCAAUCCCAACUUGGAUCAUCGGAGUGUGCCUGUACUUUCUACCCGAAACACCAAAGUACUUGUCGGAAUUCGGAAUGGGAGAGGAAUUGUUCCGAGUGUUAUCAAAAAUUUACUUUGAGAAUACCGGGAAAUCUCCAGACGAGUAUCUUAUUGAGCUCAACAAGUGCGGAAUAUCAUCAGUCUCUCAAUUAUUGAACAUGGAAGCUGAAGAGAAGUUGAAUGAAAGCAAGCUUACUCAACUGAACAACAUGCUUUUCCAACAAACUGGAAUUCUUUUGAAGCCACCAUUUUUGGGACGUACACUGGUCGUCUGUACGAUAAUGUUCAGCAUUUUUUCAUCAAUGUACACGUUGAUGAUGUGGUUCCCGGAGUUGUUUGACAGAUUCGCAGCCUUUGAAGCAGCUUUUCCGAAUGAACAUGCUUCUGUUUGUCGUGUUUCUGAAUAUAAAAUAACAAAUUCGACGGCUAUCAAAAGCUUGAAUGCCCAAGACUGUCAUAAAGAAAUAAAUACCCAAGUUUAUGUCCAUACGCUGAUCUUGGGCGUAGCUUCAGUUCCAAUCGCAGUGCUUUUUCCAAUGUUUGUCAAUCGGAUUGGAUUUAAAAUUUCACUGGCCGUUGGUAUGGUAAUUUGCGCUGCUUCGACAGUUGGAUUAUUUUUUGUACGUUCUUCUCUAGAAAAUCUGGUAUUGUCUUCCUUGUUCGAAGCUUUAAUUUCAGUGUGUUCCACUGUUAUUUGCUGUGUUGUCGUUGAAAUAUUUCCAACUAAAUUAAGAGCGACGGCAGCGGCACUCGGUUCUCUAUCUGCGAGAAGCGGUGCUCUGAUUGGUAACACAGCAUUCAGCUAUCUUAUUGACCACUACUGUGUAAUACUAAUUUCUUGUUUGACUGGUCAACUGAUAGUUGGCGGUAUAAUGUCAUUGUUUCUACCGAAUCAAAAAAAACUGCACACCCCGAAAAAAAAAAUUUCCGAGGCUAACUCUCAAGCGUAAUACGGGCGUGUUGCUUUGUUGCUUGAAGAGUGUUGACAAGUUUGUGAUUUUAUUUCCUUGACAUUUAUAACUAUGAAGAUACUUGACUAUUAAAAAUUAUAUUAUUUUUUUUUAUUAAUUUUUAGUUAUAUGCUUUUAUUUAAAGGGAUAUUGUAAAGAUUUAUUAUCACUGGCAGGUUUUCCUGAAAAUUAAAAGAAGAAAGGAAAUUUUUUUAAA